UUUUCAAGUUAGUUUUGAUGAUGUCACUGAGACAGCUGAUCUGCAUUUGGGCGACCACCAUGUUGAGUUAUUUUAGAGAAAACCUUGGCUCAUGCAACCUGUGUAUCAGUUCAACGUCGGCUAAUACAAAGUACAAAGUCAGUCUUAAAAGGCAAUUUAUUUCAAUGUAACUAUAAUCAAACUUGCAAGCACAGUGUUUUACCUGAAUGUAUAUGUACUAUGUGCAGGUUAUUAUAUGUAAGGUAGAUCGGCUUUAUAAUAAGUAUAUGACCAGUCUGGGCCAACGAAUUUCGUUAUCAAAGUCUGUACAUGAUUUUAAACGUUUUAAAUGUUUUAUUUUAAUUUCAAGCGUUCUGAUAUCAGUCCGUGUUUCGAUAAAGCGUAUGUUUUAGCGCUACACUAUUGGAAAAUCGAACCUAAUUGAAGUAACGUUCUCACCUAUCAAUAAUAUCGAUUUCUUUUGUCUAUUUUUUUUUUUUCAACUCAAAAAGUAGGUAUAUUCUUCUGAGAAUUUUCGGUAGCAAUGAAAUCAAUAGUUCACUAGAUAAUAAUUAGCCUUACUUUACAUUAGAAUUAAGCAAAGCAGUUACUAACUAAAACGUUUUAUUGCAAAUAAACUACAUGUUCCGGCAUGUUGGAUACUGCUUUUAUUCUCUGAUCGAUACAUGAGGGAGAACUUAAUGUUCGUCGCUUUCUGAUAUUUUGGCAGUAGUAGAACUGGAUCUAGAUUGUUUUACAAACACAAGAUACGACACCUGAACUUCAAUUCCCACAUUUUUUCUAUGACUUGUUAGGGAAAGGAGCAAAUUGUGUGACAAGUUCGAGUAAUCCAAGGAAAUAGCCAAUGUGAGGUGAACCAAAUGUUUACUUAUCUCCCCUGAAAGAAAAAAAACUUGUUCAAAAGUCCACGAAAUAGCGACAUCUGACCAAACAAGGAAAAGGAAAAGAGGCGAGUGGAAGAAGAUGAAGCUGGAAGAUUUUGAGAAAAUGCUUAAAGAGCAAAAAGUCAAUGACAAGAUUAGAAAGAUCAUUCAUGAAAAAGGUCUGAAAACCGAUUUGAUAAAACCUUCUAGGCUUGCACAGUGGAACUGUUAUCACUAACAGAAGAAGGGCCAAAGGCGAGCAUCUAGCACCUAAAGGACUCCAUAUCCUUGGGUGGCUACACACCUAGGAGAAGUAAAACUGGAUUGAAACCUUGCUGCGAAUUUACCCAAACAUGGGAAGGCAUCAUGAAACAACUCUAAGAAAAAAUUAGGAGUUGACGACCCUUCGACAGCUUGUAACAAAGUUCUACAUCAUGGCAGGAUCUGCAACUGCCACGUUACUGAUCCCAAACUUUAUGGAUAUUUGCCGUUCCCUUGCACUCAUCAGCUUAGUAGAGAUGGGGAAGCUACCAGGUUUGGUUUAGCAUCCGUUGCUAUGGAUAUUAUGUUUCAUAUAUGAAUUUGUUGUUCUAUGAAGUAGUCCUUCAAACAUUAAAUAUUAAUAGGUAUAUUCUUCUGAGAAUUUUCGGUAGCAAUGAAAUCAAUAGUUCACUAGAUAAUAAUUAGCCUUACAUUACAUUAGAAUUAAGCACAGCAGUUACUAACUAAAACGUUUUAUUGCAAAUAUACUACAUGUUCGGGCAUGUUGGAUACUGCUUUUAUUCUCUGAUCGAUACAUGAGGGAAAACUUAAUGCUCGUCGCUUUCUGAUAUUUUGGCAGUAAUAGAACUGGGUCUAGGGAAAGGAGCAAAUUGUGGGACAAGUUCGAGUAAUCCAAGGAAAUAGCCAAUGUGAGGUGAACCAAAUGUUUACUUAUCUCCCCUGAAAGGUUAAAAGAAAGUAGUUAAACUAACCUUCAUGCGUUUAAAAACAACGGUAUACUAAAUUGCAGAAAAAGAACUUUUUCAAAAGUCCACGAAAUGGCGACAUCUGACCAAACAAGGAAAAGGAAAAGAGGCGAGUGGAAGAAGAUGAAGCUGGAAAAUUUUGAGAAAAUGCUUAAAGAGCAAAAAGUCAAUGACAAGAUUAGAAAGAUCAUUCAUGAAAAAGGUAGCGAGAAAAUGACUUUAAGGGAUGCACUACCUGUAGUAGACUUAAAUUAUCUAAUGGAACGUAACGUUGAUUACUGUGACAUUAGACAUUUUUUUGAUUUCAUUGACACUCUUAAAAGCGAGGAAGAAAUGAAAGUUAAAAAGAUCUUUAGUGACCCAAUCCACGGUCAGUUUGAAGUCCAUCCAGCCUGUGAAAUGAUUAUCGACACUCCACAGUUUCAAAGACUGAGAUUUCUUAAAAAGAUUGGAACUUGUUAUUUUGUUUUUCCUGGAGCUUCACAUAACAGAUUUGAACAUGCGCUAGGUGUAUGUCACCUGGCUGGAAAGUUUGUCCGAACUUUACGUCAAAACCAACCAAACCUUGGUAUUACCCAUAUUGACAUGUUAUGUGUUCAGAUAGGUGGACUCUGUUGCAGUAUAGGUUACGGUCCGUUUUCAAGGCUUUAUGAAGAAAGUUUUUUACCUCAAGUUAAGAAUCAGAGCACUUUGGAAAGACGCAAUGUUUUAAUGUUGGAAGCAUUAUUGGAGCAUAGGCCGAAUCGUUCAGGUAAUGGUGGAAGUAGCAGCGAACAGAAAAGUAUAAAAGAUAUAUUGGAAGUGGAGUACGGUCUUCAAAAGACAGACAUUCAGUUUAUUAAAGAAAUUAUUGGAGGACCCUCAAAAAUAGGAACAACGGGUUGGCCAUAUGAAGGGCGAAAUCCACAUAAAGCUUUCUUAUAUGAAAUAGUCUAUAACAAACGCAACAGUAUCGAUGCCUACAGAUGGGAUUAUCUAGCCAGAGAUUGUCACAAUAUGGGACUCAAAAACAGUUUUGACCAUCUCCGCUACAUGCAAAUGGCUCGAGUCAUUGAUGUAGAUGGAGAACUGCAGAUCUGUAUCAGAGAUAAGGAACUAAUAAACAUUCACAACCUCUUCUACACACGCUAUUUGCUGGUCAGAACAGCUUACAACCAUAAAGUCAACUGCGCCAUUGAGAUGAUGAUAAAUGAGGCCAUGUUAAAAUCCAAAGACAUUAUCGUAUUUAAAUCUACUGAACCAAAGAAAGAGAUCAAAUUAUGUGAUUGCCAUACAGAUAUGAAAGCCUAUACCCAGCUUACUGACAAUAUCAUAUUUAAGAUUUUAAGCUAUGAUCUCGAUAAAGAAGACAAAGACAAGGGCAAAGAAAAAGAUUUAAAAGAAGCUAAGGAACUGAUACGGAAAGUGAUAGAAACAAGAGAUUUAUACACGUGUGUUUUUGAAAGUAAUCCGUUUGCCCAGGAACUUUUAAAUAUAAUGGCUGAACCAAAAGGCGUUGGAAGAAGGAGAAAACAAAAUGGCAAAAGGGACAUCACUAAAGACAAAGAAAUUAUAAAAACUAAAAUUUUGACAAAAGUAAAAGAAUUGUGUACCAAGAAAAAGAAGGUUAAACGAAACAACUCUAACGUUCAGGCUGUGAAUGUGACAGAAAAAGACUUUAACGUUCAGGUUCUACACAUGAUUUCUCCCACACCCAAUCGUGGAUCAAGUUUAAAUUUCGCACAUUUUUUUCUUGUACCUGACAAACAAGAAUCAAUAUAACAAGGUAAAAAGACAGUUUGUGUGGAAACACUAAACUCAAAACCGGCCCCCGAAGUGGUCCACCUAGGCAGGUAAAUAGGUAUGUUUCAAUAUUUUGAGAAAAAAUAUCAGAAUGAAAUUCUAUCAAAGGCAUAUGACAGAGAAGAAUGAAAAAAGAAGGUUGACAGAGCUUUUGUGGUGUCCCAACGGUCCGUCUUUCUGUCUGUCUGUCUGGUAAAAAGUUUGUACACGUUAUUUCUCCGACACCCAAUCUCGGAUCAAGCUGAAAUUUUACACAAUUUUUCCUUUUACUUUAUUUCUUUUACCUGACAACACAUGAAUCAAUUUAAAAAAAAAAAUUAGUUAAUUAAAUAUUGGUAAUUAUUUUUUUAUUGUAUAUCGAACAAGGGAAAGAAAUUGUACUUUACCGAAGUGGUGAUAUAAGUUGAAUUAGUCCCCUUUAUAGGUCGCGGCUCUAAAUUGAAACAAACAAUAUAUAAUUAUACAAUCUACUCUAAUAAUAAGUAGGUCACUAGUAGAGUGGUUAGCACUUCG